CUACACCUGAGCAGGUGUCUGACCUGCCUACCGGAAAUACGCAGUUUCCAGCAUUUUGAAUGCGAGAAACGUCUAGUCCCUGGGGAUCACAACUUUUUGCGCACUUCAGUCCUACUCCGGUCGUUUCGGCAAUUUGGUAAAUAUAUUCUUGCGCAUAUUUUACUAACGUUUUGGCUACCGAGAAGCGCAGCCAUGAGUAAGAUUUCAAAGUUGUUCGGUGGUGGUGCUGGUUCGAGCUCAAAAUCCAGCCCAUCCAGUUCCAAAUCAAAACAUCGAUCCAGAGGAGAACAAGCGACUCCACGAGAAGCCAUCCAAAAGCUACGGGAGACCGAGACUAUGCUUACCAAAAAGCAAGAAUAUUUAGAGGGUAAAAUUCAACAGGAACUUGCCAUCGCCAAAAAGCACGGGACCAGAAACAAAAGAGCUGCUUUGCAGGCCCUGAAGAGGAAGAAGCGCUACGAGCAGCAGCUGACACAGAUAGAUGGAACCCUAUCCACCAUCGAGUUCCAGAGGGAGGCCCUGGAGAAUUCCAGCAUGAACACAGAGGUGCUCAAGAACAUGGGCUAUGCAUCCAAGGCCAUGAAGAAGGUCCAUGAGCGAGUAGACAUGGAUAAGAUUGAUGUGCUAAUGGAUGACAUUCAAGAGCAACAGGAUCUAGCCAAGGAGAUCAACGAUGCCAUCUCGCGACCAUUUGGAGAUGAGUUUGAUGAGGAUGACCUCAUGGCUGAACUACAGGAACUGGAGUUGGAGGAGGACACCAAGACUACAGCCAGGCUACCCAGCGUGCCUUCCAGCAGACUGCCAGCUGAGAGACCCAGUCAUCGCACGCCAUCAAAGAAGCGUGUGGAGGACGAUGCAGAUAUGAAGAGGUUGGCUUCCUGGGCCACCUAAACGGGUCCCUGGUAAACGUCAUCUAGAGGGUAGAGGCUUGGCUAACGAAGGAUCAAAGUUCUACUAAUCACAUGUACUGUAUAUAGAAGUGAAUUUGCACUUGUAAUACUUGCCAAUCAAUGUAAAAUGAAGGAUUUUAAGUCUGUCUGCUCUCCAGUUGUGAGCGCGUUCUGUUUUAACCUUAAUCUGUUAUUUCAUCCAUCUUUAUUUAUCUCAUUUUUUAUGUUUUUAAAUGGCACGUGACUAAAAUACACUAUGGUCUUACCAGACUGAUAUGAAGGGAAGUGAGUUUAAUACAGUAGCCUAUAAAUCUCCAUAACUGCUUUUCUUAUAUUACCACCUACUUGCAAAGAUGAAGGAAACUUGUUUUCACAGGUCCACAUUCCAAAUGUGCAUCAAUUGUAAAUAACCAAAAUGUCUGCUUGUUUUAUUGAAAAAUAAACACAUUGACGAUA